AAAGACGACAACAAUCCAAUUCAAGGCGAUCGAUUUUACCAAGCUGCAAAAAGAAAAGGUAGAAGGGUCUGGUCGUCAAUCGCCUCAUCAAAGGACGUUUACCAUGUUUACAGCUGGAGAACAUUUUAGAACUUGACGUGAAACUUAUGUUAUCAGUUGAUCAGGAAAACAAGUCAUAAGGUUAACCAAGGACCUGUCUCGGAACUAUUUUUGGGAAGUACAAACUCACCGUUGCUUGAUUGUCUCAUGAUGGGAGUUUCAGGAAGCAAGAAAAACCAAUCGAACUUGGCUGCCAAGAACCAAAGGAAUACACACCACCGAUAUGUAGACCCCAUUUAUCAAAACACCAAGUUACUUUUCAACGCUGAUGAUGGCACUGACUUUGGAGAAGUUCUCAUCACUCAACCAAAGAAAGCAGCUUUUCACCCUCUAGAAGUUGAAAACAUUGAUGAUUUGGACGAUGUUGAAUUUCCAUAUGAAAACAUUGUGUUUGAAGGUGGAGGUUGCCAAGGGAAUGCUUACAUAGGAGCAGUAAAGGAACUGGAUCGGUUGGGACACUUGAAGAAACUGCGUCGUUUCGGUGGAGCCAGCAUAGGAGCUGUUACAGCAUGUCUGAUAUCGAUGGGACACAGCGCAGACUCUGUUCUAGAAGAACUAAAAUCUGCCCCUAAAAUACCGCAAUUUCUAGAUGCUGGAUGCGGUAGCUGCAGUCUCGUCCCAAACACCAUUCGCUACUUCGGAUGGCAUCCCGGUAAGGUCUCUUAUGAAUGGUUUGGAAGGUUCAUAGAGAACAAGCUAGGUAACCCGGAUGCUACUUUCAAAGACCUGUAUGAGAAGGUUGGAAAUGAGCUUUGCAUCGUGGUCACCAAUCUGAGUCUGAAGAUGGAAGAAUACUGCCAUGUGAAAACUACACCAAACCUACCAAUCAGAGCAGCGCUUAGGAUGUCCACGUCACUGCCAGGAGUGUUUUACCCAUUUCAGAAAGUUACCGGUGACCGAACUGAUCUGUAUAUCGACGGCGGAUUAAUUUGUAACUAUCCCGUACACUGCUAUGAUGGGUGGUGGUUAUCGAUGAAACCAGAAGACACAUUCCUGAAGAGGAUGCAACCUCUCACAGAUGUUGGUAAACUCAUGAUGAAGAAGGAAAGAUUUGGUACAUUCAACGAGAAGACAAUUGGACUCAUCAUUUUCAGUGACUAUGAUCAACACGUGUUAUCUGCGAACCCAGACCUGAUUGCUCGCCCAUCAUUUAUACCAGAUACUGACUUGGGAAGGGAAUACAAGAAAGUGAUCAGCAAGCGAGAAUACGAUAUCCAGCGACACACGGUGGUAACAGAGGCGAUGUCCAAGUUUCUUAGAGUUCUCAAUGAGCACAACUUAGACGGCAAUGAUACAAUCAACAGGAGUGAAUUUGAGCAAGCUCUUACAAAAACGGAUGAGUUCACCACGGCCCACCGCAGAGCUUUGUUUGGAAGUCAUCUAACAUCACCAAGUAAAAUAUUCUCUGCUUUGGAUAUCAGCGGUGACGGAGAGAUUGACUUUCAUGAGAUGAUGAUGAUGGCUGAAAGUCGUGGUGCUGGUAUAGAAAGUCAAAUCAUUGGAGCAGGUUGGACCAAAAUCAGCAAGGCAUCAAACAUUGUCGAUUGUGUGUUCCGGACGCUCCUAAUGAAUGUGAAAAGAGCAUUUUUGGAGGGUGGUGACAAUGAGCGAACCGUGAUGAUUAAUACAGCAUAUAUCAAAUCAAUGGACUUUGAUAUGAAACAGGAGGAUACCGACUUUUUGAUUGAGCAAGGACGACAGGGUAUCCGAUCAUUCCUAAGGUACCAGAUGAAGAAGAAGCAGCAGCAAAAGGUUGAGAGAAUAAACGUUGAAGAAUCAAACAUCCAGACCAUGUAGCAAAGUCUUCGAGACCCAACUCUACCGAAGGUCAAUGCAACUGGAUCAAAUCAAUAUAUUCUUUGAAAGCUAUUGAUGAUGGUCAAAGUGGGCUUCAAAAUAUGGCCACGUUACAAUGAUCAGUCUGGUUUCAGAUCAGAAUAUUGUAUUGAUUUUGUAUUCUCAAGAAAGUAGAAGAAGAAGAAUCAAAAUGGAAUGACCGUUCAACUAUCUACCCAGGGGCGGAUCCAGCCUUCACCAAUAGGGGGGGGGGCGGAAUUUUUCCAGCCAUAUUUUCCCCGAUCGGCCGCUCGAACAUGAUUUUUUGUUUGUUUCUUUGAAGAGUCGUAAUAGGGUUAGGGUUCUCAGCUUUAUUCUAUUCAAUCAACAUGAAUAUAUAAUAUCAUAAUCCUUAUUCAUAUGAUUCGAGUGCGAAGCGCGAGCAAUUUUUUUGGGGGAAAU